AUGCCAAAGUCAAAGAGAGCCAAGACAUACCACCUCACGCAGGUGACCAAGAAGACGCGCGAGCAGAAGGAGCAGCUGUUCCAGAACAUCAGGGCGACGGUGCCCGACUACAAGCACUGCUUUGUCCUUGGCUUCGACAACAUGCGCAAUAACCAUCUCAAGGAUGUGAGGCGCGAGAUGGUAGACUCGAGAAUCUUCUUCGGCAAGACCAAGCUCAUGUCCCGCGCCCUCGGCACCGACCCCUCCACCGCCGUCGCCGAAAACAUCCACCGCCUCUCCCGGCACAUCACCGGCUCCGUGGCCCUCCUGUUCACGAACCGCACCCCCGAAGAGGUGGCGGCCUACUUUGCCUCCUUCGCGCCCGUCGACUUUGCGCGCGCGGGCGCCGUCGCCACGCGGGACUUUGUCAUCCCCCCGGGCGUUGUCUACGCCACCGGCGGCGCUGUGCCUGCCGAGCACGACGUCCCGCUGGGCCACACCAUCGAGCCUGAGCUGCGCCGGCUGGGCGUGCCGACGAGGAUGGUGCGCGGGAAGGUCGUCCUGGGUGAGGAGGAUGGGGCCGCCUCGGGGGCGGAGGGGUAUACUGUGUGCAAGGAAGGGCAGACCCUCGACUCGAGGCAGACGAGGCUGCUGAAGCUGUUUGACCAGUGCUUGAGCGAGUUCAGAGUGCGGGUAUUGGCAUACUGGAGCUCUGAUAGUGGGGAGGUGACUGAGGUCGAUCCUGUUGACGAGAAUGCCAUGGAGGGUGUUGAGGAGGAGGAGGACGAGUGA